AUGAGUAAAAAGUCGAUAAUAUUAUCUCCAUUAAAACGACCGUCUACUCGUUCAUUAUCAUCAUCAACAACAAAAUCUAUUUCUUCUUCACAACAAGAUAAAUAUACAUUUCAAUCUGACGACGAAGAACAUAAUACAAAACCAAUACUUAUACGUAAAUCAAAUACAUCAAUAUUAACUAAACGUCCACGUGGUCGUCCACCUAAAACUCCUAAAUUUGAAGAACAUACAAUACGUACAUCAAUAUCAUCAUCAAAUAGUGAAAUUGAAGAAAAAAAACGUACAAAUAAACGUUCAUACGAAAAACCAGUUACACGUCGUGCAUCACGUCUUGGUUCACAAACAAAUACAUCUGUUAAUCAAAUACGUGAAAAAAUUAAAAUUAAUUCAACACCACCAAUUAUAAUAACACCUAAAAAACGUGGUAGAAAACCUAAAAUGUUAUCAACAACAUCACCAUUAAUAACAACAUCAUUAAUAUCUGAUGAACAAGAAAAAAAUGAAACAGAAAAUUUUUUACCAUUAUCAACAAUUAAACAACGACAAUAUAUUAAAAAAUCAUUUGAAGAUACAAAUAAUAAUAAUAUGAAUACAAAAAUUGAUGAAAAAGAUCUUAUGCAAUUUGGUUCACCUGAACAAGAUGAUUUUAGUGAUGAUUCAGUUGAUUUUGUAUGGAAAGGUUCAAGUAAAAUGGCUAUUGAAAUACUUAAACGUCGUAUACCAAAAGAUGAUAUACGUGAACAAUAUUCAUCAACAACAAUAAUACAAACAGAUCCAACAGCACAACGUAAACGUGCUAUUAUACCACGUUUAACAAAUUUUGAUGCUUUAUCAGGACAACCUAUUGAUAAUACAAUAAUACCUAAUGAUAAUAAUAUUGAAGAACGUUUAAUAAAAAAAAGUAAUUCAAUAAUAACAUUAAAUAAUGCUUUUCAAAAUGAUUUUGAUUAUUCAUAUAAUGAUACGGGUACAAAAAUGAGUACGACAACAACAACAACAUCAGCAACUGAUGAUGAUAAACCACGUCCUCGUGUUUAUGCAGUUAAAAGUACAACAAUGAAAUCACGUUUUCAACAACAACAACAACAACAACCAGAUAUCAAACGACCUAAAUGGAUGAAUGAUCAACAAGGAAAACCUGAUGAUGAUGAAGAUGAUGAACAUAUACAAACAACUGGUGAUGAACCAAAUGAUUAUGAUUAUGUACCAAAAGGAAACUAUAUACCAAAACGUCCUAAUUAUCGUGGACGUGGAACAUAUCCAGGUCGACGUGGAACUGGUAUGCGUGGAAGACCACCAGGUUCAAGACGACAUUGGAAUAAUGAUGAUGAUGAUGAUGAUUAUGAUCAAUAUGAAGAUACAAAUUCAAGAUAUGGACCAAGAAAACAAACUGCUUAUCGAUCAACAAGACCUAUGUAUGAUAUGGCUGAUGAUGAUGAUUAUGAUAAAAAUCGUCGAAUGAGUUUAACACAAGCUUAUCGUCGUAGUAAUGAUAUACGUCAACCAAUUGGUAAUCGUCGUAUUGGAAUUAAUAAUGGAAAUCAUCCAAAUUAUAAAGAUGAUGAUUAUUAUCAACAACAACAACAAUCACGUUCAACAACAAUUAAUCGUCUUCCAACAACACAUACAACAUCAAUGAAUACGGGUAAUACAUUUGUUGCAAAAAUCAAUGAUGCACAAUUAAGUGAAGUUGCUAAUCAAUCACAAAUAUUUUUUGUUAAUAUGCCACAACAAGAUCAAAAAAAUCAACAAGUAUUAUCUGUACUUGCAUCUGAACAACAACAAGUUUUACCUGUUGCUGUUGUACAACAAGCAAAAGUUGAAACACCAUCAUCAUCAUCAACAAAUAAUUCAACAACAUCACAAAAUCAAACAUUAGCAUUUACAGUUAAAUUACCUGUUGAUACACCUAAACAAAAAAAAAUUUUACCUAAACCAUCAACAACUAAUUUACAAACAAAUUCAAUAACAACAAAUACAAAUACACAAAAACCAUUUGCAUGGUCACGUCCACCAGGUCGUAUACAAUUAAAUAAUGAUGAACAAAAUAUUGGUAAAGGUUUAACAAUAACACCAAUUAAUACAGAUUUAGAUACAAUGGAAGCUGCACAUGUUUUAGCAACAGCAGCUGAUGUUACAAUGGCGGCUGAUGCACGUCGUAAAGCACAACAACAUGAUGAUGAUAUGUCUAUGAUUACAGAUGAAACACCAUCAAAUAUAGUUAAUGAAGAAACUGUACAAUGUGAAGAUGAUGGACAAAAAAAUCAAAUACAACAAAUUGGUACAAUAACAGCUAAUAUUAUUGAUGAAAAUGGUGUUGAACAUACUGUUCUUCUAUCAACUGAAGAAGCACAACAAUUACUUGGUUCACAAGGAGCUAUUAUUGUUGAUGGUGAUGGUCAACCAAUAUCAAUACAACCAGCACAAACUCAAACAUAUCUUUCACCAUUUGCACUUGAUCAAGCACAAUUACAAGCAUUACUUACACAAGCUGGUAUUGAUCCAAAUACACCAUUAACAAUCGAACAAAUUGAUCCUAAUCAACAACAACAACAAGUUGCUACUUUAUGUACAUCACCUGGUGGUACACAAUAUACAGUUCUAACACAAGGACCUGCACAACAACAACAACAAUUUAUUUUACAAUCAGCAUUAACUAAUGAACCACCACCACCUCCUCCACCACCACAGCCUAUAGCACCAAAAGAAGAUCCUUCAUCACCACCAAAACGACGAGCAUUUGCAGUUAAAUCAACAAUAUCAACAGCAGAAACAUUUGAUGAUAUGAAUGAUAGACCAAGACGUAAAAUAUUUGCAACUAAAUCAACUGUAACACCAAUUGAACAGAUGGAUGAUGAAGGUAUAACUGGUACACGAGCAUAUCAUCGAAAAUAA